AAAUAUCAGAAUAUUUAUAUACACUCUUUAGUAAAUCAUUUUAAUAUUAUAUAUUUACAAUAAAAAUUAAAUAUAGCAAUUUAUUAUAAUAAUAAUAAAACAAUUUAUGGAAUCAAAUUCAUUUCUACCACAAGAGGAAUCAAAUUUAUUUUUUUUAAAGUUAUUAAGUAAACCAGAGAAUAAAUUGUGCUUUGAUUGUAAUGCAAAAGGACCAAAAUGGGCAUCAAUUCCAUUUGGGGUAUUCAUUUGUUUAGAUUGUUCGUCAGUUCAUCGUAAUAUGGGUGUUCAUAUUACAUUUGCAAGAUCAACACAAUUUGAUAAAUGGAAGUUAUCACAAUUGAAAUAUAUGGAAUAUGGAGGUAAUUUAAAUGCAAAACAAUAUUUUUCAGAACAUGGUGUUAGUAAUAAUAAAAUCGAAUCCAAAUAUCAAAGCGAUGCAGCAUCAAGUUAUAAACAGUUGUUAGAUACAAAAGUUAAAAAAGCGUUAAAAGAUUUAUCAAGUGCAUCACCAUCGUCCUCAACAGCUUCCACAUCAACAUCAACAUCAACACCAACGAAUAACCCAUCACCAUUUACACCUUCACCAUUAUCAAUAUCAACAACAUCAUCAAAUACAACACCAAAAACAGUAACCACCACAACAUCUACACCAACAAUCAAUAAUAAAAAGCCAACCACCACAACAAAAGCAACAAAUAUAACUGGUAGGUUAGUUGAUACAGAUGAUGCUGAUGAUUUUGACAGUUUCUUUUCAUCAUCACCACCAAAAUCAGUUACCACAACCAAAAAAAUUGCAACUAAAAAGAUUGAUCAAAAAUCAUUCGAUGACGAUUGGGAUUCUACACCAGACAAAAAAGAAGAGCCAGUUAAGGUAGAGUCAUCAAAAAAGAAAUCAACAUCGACAUCUACACCAACAUCAAGGUCAUCACAUAAAUUUAAUAAUGAUUUUAUUGAAGAUGAUAACGAAGAUGAAUUUAAUAGUAACAAAAGAGAUAACAGAAAUAGUGAUAGUGAUAAUAGUUAUGAUUCACCAGAAACGGGAUUUUCAAUAUAUUCAAACUCUAAAUUUUCAAUGAAUAAUAAUAAUAAUAAUAAAUCUAGUAGACAAUCUAAUGACAAUAAUAAUUCACCGCCAUUAAAACCAAAUAAUAGUAAUAAAGCAAACUUUAGCAAAAAUAAUUAUUCACCUCCAAACACAAGAAAAUCAAACUAUGAACAAGAUGAAACAGAUUAUGCUAGAAAGAAUUUUUCAAAUGCAAAAUCAAUUUCGUCAAAUCAAUAUUAUGGUGAUGAUAAGGAUGGUAAAGUGGAUGCAGAUAAACAGAACCGUAUUUCAAAAUUUUCAGGUGCAACAUCUAUAUCAUCGGCUCAAUACUAUGAACGUGAUGAAACCCCGACAUUAGGUGAUAUGAGUGUUGGUGGUAUAGCUAGACAUUUGGCAUUCAAUGCAAGAACCGAUUUCUCAUCAAUCUCAAAUUCAUUAGCAGAUCAUGGUAAAAAGAUUCAAAACAUAGCAAACAAUAUAAUUAAUGAAUUGCAAGAUAGAUAUAAUUAAUAGUUAAUAAAAUAAAUAAAAAUAAAAUAAAAUAAAUAUAUAAAUGU